AUGUGGCUCACUGUGCACUGGUUAGUCACCCGCCUCCCUGGCCGCCUUGCCACUGCCCGCGACGCGCUUCUUCAGAAGCACCCCACUGAACUCACUAUAGACCUCCUUCAGACUGCUCUCGGGACCAUCGAGAGCAGCCUCCUCACCGUUGCCUCCGCCACUGAUGCGGUGGCCCCCCGUCUCUUUGCGGGGUGUGCCGUCCCUCAGCUUCCCACUUUCACCGCUACCCGCGCUUCUGCUGCUGUGUCGGUCUCUGAGGACACCGCUGCCGUUUCUGCCGCAGACUGGCAGAAACGGGGCAAGAGUGGCAAGAAGGGCGGGAAGGGGGGAGGUGGGGGCGGAGGAGGUGGCGGUGGAGGGGGCGGUGGAGGUGGGAGCGGCGGUGGUGGUGGAGGCGGCGGCGGCGGCGGCGGCGGUGGUGCACCAGGAGGAGGCGCAGGACAGACAGGUCCACCCACAGGUAGUGGCCCGACCGGUGGGGGUGCUGCCCCCCAGCAGCAGCAGCCACAGCAGCAGCAGCAGGGACAGCAGCAGCAGCAGGCACUGCAGCAGUUCCAGCAGUGA